GCUGCGGGGCCUGCGGGCCCUGGGGAGCCGGGCGUUGUGGGGCGCCGCCGGGGAACGCUGUCGCUGAGGUGGCGCCGUUCCCGGGGCUUCUGUCCUGCGCCUCAGCUCGGAGAGAGUCGGGAGGAUGGCUUCGGACAUGGAGUCGUCCCUGGAGGUCAGCUUCUCGUCCAGCUGUGCGGUGUCAGGGGCGUCCGGGUGCCUGCCUCCCGCCCGCUCCCGCAUCUUCAAGAUCAUCGUGAUCGGGGACUCGAACGUGGGCAAGACGUGCCUGACUUACCGCUUCUGCGCCGGCCGCUUCCCCGACCGCACCGAGGCCACCAUCGGGGUGGACUUCCGAGAGCGAGCCGUGGAGAUCGAUGGCGAGCGGAUCAAGAUCCAGUUGUGGGACACUGCAGGACAAGAACGGUUCAGGAAGAGCAUGGUUCAGCACUACUACAGGAAUGUGCAUGCUGUCGUCUUCGUGUAUGACAUGACCAACAUGGCCAGCUUCCACAGCCUGCCAUCUUGGAUCGAGGAAUGCAAACAACACUUGCUGGCAAACGACAUACCUCGCAUUCUGGUUGGAAAUAAAUGUGACUUGAGAAGCGCCAUUCAGGUGCCCACAGACUUGGCACAGAAGUUUGCGGACACACACAGUAUGCCUUUGUUUGAGACCUCUGCUAAAAAUCCCAAUGAUAACGACCACGUAGAAGCUAUAUUUAUGACAUUGGCUCAUAAGCUGAAGAGCCACAAGCCAUUGAUGCUCAGCCAACCGCCUGAUAACAGAAUUAGCCUGAAACCUGAAACAAAGCCUGCGGUACCAUGCUGGUGCUAGGCCGCAGGUAUGGCCGUUGCGGGUCUGACCCGAGGGACGCUUCUGAUAAGUGUAAUUAAGUCUGUAAGAUUAAAUCUGAAAUACAGUGGAUCGUCCGUUCUUGGCGUUGCUGUGCUGCCUUUUGUAUAUUCUGCAUCCUCUUAAUAAGUUUGUCACCGUGACAAGGCAGGGAGAGGGCCCGUGUACAGUGGGAGGAGCCAGGCCGUCUUUCCGGUGCGGCCCGGUGAAGGCGGCCCAAGUGUCCGUAGACCAUAGAAGAAAUGCCGCGUAGAGCUAAAGGCAAAUGACCAGCUACUAAGGUGCUUUUAUUUUACCUUGGCAUCUAAGCACUAAAAACUAUUUGGAAGAAUCCAGACAGUUCUAACGGGAGUUUAUUUUAGCCAUGACUUUUAAUUGAAAUAUCAGAUCUUUACCAAGCUGGGUCCUGGUGCCCCCUGUCCUCUCUCCUAGUCAGUUGGCUGACUCAG